AUGGCUGCCCUGACAACAUCCGUGUUUGCAGGUGUAGGAAAGGCGGCGAUUGCCCAGCCCCGGGCGCCGACCUCCGUGCGGGCUCUGGGUCGGUCUUUUGGGUUGAGGUGCCAGGUCCGGGCGCCGCGGCUGUAUGCCACCUGCGUCCGCUCGAGCCUGGAGACCGAGAAGAAGGGCGACCCCACCACCCCGGAUUACCGGGUGUUCUUCAACCACAAGUCCACCACCGUGUCCCCAUGGCACAACAUCCCCCUCCAUGCCGGGGAUGGCCUGUACAACUUUGUAGCAGAGAUCCCCAAGCAGACCUCGGCCAAGUUCGAGGUCGCCACGGCUGAGCCUCGAACCCCCAUCAAGCAAGACAUCAAGAAGGGCAAGCUGCGCUUCUACCCCUACAACAUCGACUGGAACUAUGGCCUGCUCCCCCAGACGUGGGAGGACCCUGCACACACCAACAGGGACACCAAUGCUGCUGGCGACAACGACCCAGUGGACGUGGUGGAGAUCGGGUCGGCGAGCGCCGAAACCGGCGGCGUGUACAAGGUGAAGGUCCUGGGUGUCUAUGCCAUGAUCGACGACGGUGAGCUGGACUGGAAGGUGAUCGCCAUCCGCGCGGACGACCCCAAGGCCGACAGCGUCAAUGACAUUGAGGACGUCGAGCGCGAGUUCCCCGGCGAGCUGCAAAAGGUGUACGAGUGGUUCCGGGACUACAAGAUCCCGGACGGCAAACCCGCCAAUGCCUUUGGCUUCGACAACAAGGCCCAGAACCGGGCCUUUGCCCUGGAUGUGAUCGAGGAGACGCACCGCUUCUGGCUCGACCUGGUCAGCGGGAAGCGGGAAAACACCGAGGACCUGUCCCUGUUCUGA